AUGCCGACCUCGGUCCCGGCCAUCCUCGAUGUCUCGGCCGUCCGGCCUGUCCUGCAGUACUUUGUCAACUCGGCGGAUUCCAUCCGCUCGGAGGAGCAGCACCGGCACGAGCGCAUGCAGCGGCUCAUCCUCAACCCCAUCACCCGGCUGGUGGAGCAGGAGAUCCGCCAGUACCGGGACCUGCGCCGGGCCUUCGAACGAGCUCGCGACAAGUACAAUUCGCUGCUGGCCAAGUGGGCCAUGCGCGGGGCGCUGCCGAGCAGCGCCGUUCGGGCAUCCUCCUCUUCCGCCGCCGCCGCCGCCUCCUCCUCGUCGUCCGCUGCUGCUGCUGCUGCUGCUGCUGCCGCGACGGGCGGGCCGCCGGCGACGCCGACCUCCACGGCCGGCGGCGACUCCCUGGCCGGGGUCACUGGCACUCUGCCCCUGUCCUCCCCCCCGCCAUUGGCCUCCUUCAGCACCGCGGCCAGCAGCAGCACCAUUAGCCUGGGCGCCGGGGCGGGCGCCGCCGGGCCCGGGGUUGCGGUGGCCGUGGGCCCGGGGUCCGGCACUUCGGCCACCACGCCGGGGCCCCUGUCCCCCGGGGCGGCUCCCCUGCCGGGGCUGCUGCCGGUGGUCAGCUCGCCGGCGCCACCGCUCGGGUCGAUUCCGGCCGGCGGAUCGGCUGCCAGCCUGGGCCCGAGCACCAGCAGCGGGUCCAGCUCCCUGCAGCUCCUGCCCCCGGGGCUGGUGCUGUCUGGCAGCGGCAUCGAGGAGACCACCGCUCACAAGGCCUACUUCCUGGCCCUGCUCAACUACACGGCCUUCCUGAUCCGGCUGCACUCCGGGGUCGGGGAGUUGAUUGCCUCGAGGCUGGUGGCCGUCCUUCACAUGUAUCACCAGCACUACCAACGCGUGACCCGAGUGACCACCGGGGCAUUGUCCCUCCCGCCGGCCAUCGCCCUGGCCGCGGAGGAAAUCCACUCCUUCGGGCUGUAUGUGGACCAGCUCCGGGCCGAGGCCGAGGGCAGCACGGCCGCCUCCCCCGGGUCCAUGACUCGGUCGCGCUCGGACUGGGAGCUCCUCUCGCUGCCCGGGCUCGAUUCCAACACCGGCAUCGACAGCAGCAGCUUUGUGGGCCGGUCUCGGGCGGCCGGUGGCGGCCCGGGCAGCACGUCGUCCCUCAGCGGGGGGAUGGGCCCCGGCGGGAGCCGGGCCUCGGCCACGCAGUCCGUCCGCACGACGGCCCUGCAGCUGGUGUACGACCGGCGCCGGGCCAAACGCGAGGCCACCCUCCAGGACCCGGAGGGCUGGUUCUCCCGGCGGCUGGCGGCCUACCUGGACGCCGUGAGUCUCGGGGUGCCGCUGACGGCCGUGGCGGCCGCCGGGCUGGCCAUAUCCCGCGGCACGGCGCAGCAGCUGGGCCCCGGCGACGGGUCGGCCCGGGAUCUGGCCCAAGUGGCCAUGCGCCUGGCCGGGCCGAUCGCCACCCCGGCCGGCCGGCCGCCCCUGGUCAUGAGCACCUCCUCGGCCAAGGAGGGCUACGUGUGGAAGCGAGCCCGGGUGCACGGUGGCGGCGGUGGCGGCGGCGGCGGCAGCAGCAGCCACACUGCCAGCAGCAUCGCCGGCGGUGGCAACCCUCCUGCAGGCGCCGGUGACAGCUCGGACGCCGGGUCGGACGAGACAGAGGCGGCGGCGGCGGCGGCGGCGGCAGCGGCAGCGGCGGCAGCAGCCGCCGCCGCCACUGCACACGAGCCGCGCACCUCCCUGCUGGCCGUGUCGGCCCUGGCAUCCGGGCAAAUGCCCGUCACACACAGCAUCACCCUGGCGCCGCCGGGGUUCGAGCAUGGGUUCGGCGUGGCCGGCGUCCUGCCGAGUCCGCUGUUGCAGCCGGUCGGCUGUCUGGCCUGCGGUACGGGGGCCUGUGCGGCCGCCUGCCAGCCGGCCGGGCCGCGGCAGGUGAUCGGCUUCCCCCGGGCGCCGACCGAUGGGCUGGGCGGCCCCUCGACCGGCGGGGCCGAUGGGCCUGACAUGCAGGCCGACGAGGGGGCCGACCCUUCUGUCAUCCGGCGACCGAGUGUCUCCUUUGCCAAUGGCGGUGCCGGGCGCAGUGGUCCGUCCUGCCCCGGCUGCGGGGGGCCCCUAUGCAUGGGGCUUGGUCCGGGUGACGGGCCGGUCGGCCUGUGCGAUGGGUGCGCCAGCCAGGUGGGCCCAGGGCGGUCGGAUUCCUCCGGGUCCUUGACUGGUCCCGGGUCCGGGGCCUCGGCCACCACAUCCAUGACGAAGGCCGCCCUGUCGGCGGCCUACUCGCUGGCCACGCUGCCGGUGUCCAUGACCAAGCAGCUGGCCACCGGGGCCGGUGGCGCCGGUGGCGGCGGCACUGGCGGCGGCACUGGCGGCCCCGGCAGUGGGAGCAGCAGCCACACCGCCGGCGAGCCAGUCGGCUCGGAUGCCGGGCCGCGGGAUGUUUCCCGCGUCCGGCGGCUCUUCGCCCGGCCGCACAACGAGGUGGUCUAUGUGGCUGGCGGCGGGCUGGUGGGGGCCGGCGGCCCGGCGGCCACCGUGUCCCUGGAGCAGCAGGCCCUGGCUCGGCAGCGCCCGCUGGACCCGGCGUCGAUCCCCUACUUCCCCCAUUCGACGCCCUUCCACUUCCACGGGCGGCUGGGCAUGCAUCAUGCGCAGUCGCCGCUGGAGCAGGGGGCCUGCCUGGCGCCGGCGUAUGCCUCGGCCGGGCGCAGCCGGGUGCCGGUUUUGUCGCCGGUUCCCCUGUCGCCGGUGCCGGCGGCCGCAUCGGCGGCUCCUGGUGGCGGGGGCUCCACCGCCUCGGACCAGACGCCCCCCUGGCUCCGGGCGUACCUGGCCCUGUGUCAAGCCACCGGGCGCCUGGAGUAUCGGACCUACACCCGGUCGCGUGGGUACCAGGUGACGGCCGUCGUGCCGAAUGUGGUCCUCUGCAGUGUGCGCAUUGUCAGUGGCGUCAGCGCCGGGGAGCAUGCGGCGCACGGGCACCACCGGCAAAUGGACCCGGCCUCCAGCAGCCUGUCCAACCAGUCCUCCCCCUCGCUGGUGCAUGUCCUCCCGGGCGAGGGGGCCGACCCGAGUGCCGGGGUUCUCUCCCCGUCGACUGGCCCGGCUGCCGCGCACCCCUCCCUUUCGUCGUCGUCGUCGUCGUCGUCCUCCUCCUCGUCCUCUUCCUCCUCGGCCUUCAUCUUCGAAAUCAUCUCCCCGCAGGCGACGAUCACCGUGCAGACGGAGACCGAGCAUGAGCUGCGCGACUGGGUGCAGACCAUCGAGGAGGUCCGCCGGCAGCAGCUGGACAUGUUCCAGGGUAUCGAGCGUGCGCCCCCGCCGCAGGAGUGCACCCUCGCCGCGUCCGGCAGCCGAAGCAGCCACAAUCCCCUGCUCGGGGUGGCGCUCUUGGCCUCGCCGACGGCCUCCAUGGCCAUCGUCCAGGGGCGCUCCUCGGCCGCGCUGCUGGCCCUGUCAACGGCCCCCUCCUGGUUUAGCGCGCAUCUGGCCUCGGAUGCCCUGCUAGACUAUGACAUCGGCGACUCGGUGACCGUGCUCAUGUCGGAUCUGAUCCAGAUGUCCGGCGUGAGCAGCGGCCUGCCGAACAACUUCCUCGGGCUGUCGUCCGGCCAUGUUGGCGGCGGCCCGGCCGGUCCCGGGCAGUUCCAAUACCCGGACCCGCACUUCCUCCGGCUGAACACCGAAAUGCAUGGGCUCUUCAAGUCCAUCCCGCUGCGGGACUUUGUCUUUGACUCCUUUGUCUGCUCCUGGAAGCGGUCCAUCCUGCACCAGGGGCGCAUUUACCUCACGCAGAACCGGCUCUGCUUCUAUUCGAACAUCGUCGGGCGCGUGCGGCUGGUCAUCAUCCCGCUGACGUCGAUCACCAGCAUUGAGCUCCGGACGCCGAUCAUCUUCCACACGGUGGAGGUGACCGUCGGCGGGGAGGACUCCGCCGAGGAGGACGCCCCGGCGGCGCCGACCGCGCCGAAUGCCCCGAAUGGCGCCGGUGCCGGCAGCGGCCCGGCCAAUGGCCCGGCAGCCAGCGGCGACAGCCCGGCCGCCGUGCGCCAUGUCUUCGUGGUCCUGCCCCGUGUGAGCAGCCUCCUGUACGAGUCGCUGGACCGGCUGUGGAAGAAUGCUCGUAGUGCAAAUCCACUGCCCUACCAGCGGCUCUUCCCGUUGAUGUAUCAGAAUUACCGGAACCUGGGCAGUGCGGGCGGCCCGGCGUCUGGGGCCGGGCCGAAUGCAGCGACACCGCCGAGCCUGGGCCUGCCGGCGGCGCCGGAAACCCCGGGCCGCGGCGGGGCCCCGGGCAGCUCCCCCUGGGCGGACACCGGCCUGGCGGCGGCAGGGCCUUUGGCAUCCCCGGGGCACCCGCCGGCCGAGGCCCUCGCCAUGGGCCCCGGCGCGGCUGACAUGCCCGGCACCUGGUCCGAAGCUCCGGAGGCGGGGCCCGGCGGCUUGGCCACCUUCGGCGCGGUGACCGGGUCCCCGGUGCCGGACCCGGUCCUCCCGCUGUCGUCACUGUCGCUGCCGCCGCCGUCAGUGGAAUUGCCGCUGGUGCCGAUCGAGUCGCACUUGCAGCCCAUCGGCCAGAAGCAGGCCGAGCUGGAUGGCCUGCUGCUGGACCGGAUCUACCCGGUCCCGGUGAAGGUCCUCCAUGAUCGGCUCUUUGGCGGCGACGCCACCGGCAACUUGAUGGGCGUCUUCCACCAGGCACGCGGCGAGGCCGAUUUCCGGGCGGACGCCUGGCGGCGCCUCGGCGCCGGGACCGAACCACUGGCUCGCGUCGUCCGGUACCGCUGCCUUUCGGAGCAGCGCUAUCUGUCCCCCAGCCAGAACGGCCGGGCGCUCAUGCAGUUCUACUCGCACCAUGAGGAGUUCCUGCAUUAUGUCAUCGACGGGUGGCUCUCGAAUGAGGGCGGCCCGGGGACGGCGGCGGCGGCGGCGGCCACCGGCCCGGGGCCCGACGGCCAGGCAGACGACCCGGCGGCCGGGCCCCUCGCUGCCUUGGCCCCGGAGGCGGCUGCCGCCCUGCGCGCCCACCUCCACCCCGGCACCCUGCCCGUGGGGGUGGCCUUCCGGGUGAGCAUGACCUACAUCAGCCUGCACGAGUCGCGCUUGCAGAUUUCCUUCGAGCUGUCGGACAAUCUGCACCGGCAUGUGCGCGACCCGGCCAACGGCCCGCUGGCCAACCUGUUUACCCGUCUGCCGGUGAUCUUCGGCUCGGCUCAGCGCUUCUGGCGCCGGCACGCGGCCACCAUGCUCAAGCGGUAUGUCUUUGACUUGGAGGCCUUCCUGCACAUGGCCUUCUCGCUGAAGCCCCACCACCGGCUGGGCUUCCGGCCGAUUAGCUCCUUCCGGGUGUCGGUCCCCCCGUCGGUGCCCUUCCUGAUGCCGGUGUUCGACAAGCUCCGUCGAACGUUCGACCCGCGGCGGUCUCUGCCGGCGCGCUUGCGCCUGGUCCUGCUGCUGGCCCUUGUCGGGUGGGUGAUCACCGGUCUGCUGGCCUCGCGCUUGGGGCAGCAGGCUCGAGCCUGGCGGCGCCUGGUGACGGCGGGCCUGCACCCGGCGGCCGAGUCGCCGGCCCCGGGGUUGCCCAUGGCCGGGGACCCCGGGGCGGCCGUGGCGGCGGCCACCGCCGCGGCCGCGGCCCUAGCCGGAGUGGCGGCCGACACCGCCUUCGACCGGUGGUUCGGCACUCGCUAUGCCGAGGGUGCCGGCGGGGCGGCCGGGGCCGACUGGGCCAUGCCCGACGCCCGGGCCCCGGGUCGCGGCAUGCUCGCCGCCGGGCACUUCCCCUGUGACGGCCGGCCCGCGGCCGCGUGUGUCGGCGAGGGUGCCCGCUUUGCGGACCUCCAGCAUGUGGGCUGGAGCCCGGCCGUGCGCUUGGCCCGGCCGGCCGAGCCCCCAGGCCGCUGGGCCGGGCUGGCCAUGGUCGACACCUGCCCGGCGGCUGGCUGCCAUCCCUGUGUCGCUGGCCGGCAGGCGGAGCCUGGCGACGCGCCCACCGAGGCCCCGGCCCAUGGGGGGCAUCACGACACCGGUCAGGGCACUUCGCCCCCCGGCACCGGGCAGGAUGCCCAGCGCCGUGCGGCCAUCGGCCUGGCCGAGUCCUCGGUUGCCGGGGAGCCCGACCAUGGCCAUGGCCCGCAUCACCACCACCAUCACCACCACUUCCACCACUUCCACCACCACCACUACCAUGUGCCGGCCGGGCUGCAUCCCGGGGCCCUGGGUUCCGAUGGCUGGCGCACGCUCUCCGAAGGGGAGGUGCUGGCCGGUGGGGGUGGCCGGCCGGUCGACGGGGCCCGGACGCCGGCCGACCCGGCGCCGGCGGCCCCCACGGCGCCGGCGCCUCCGCCCUCGGUGGCUCCAGGGUCCUGGUGCUUGGCGGACCUGGUGAGUGAUAUCAGCCGGUCGCUGACCGACUCGAUGGACCCGCCGGCCGGGCUGGAGCUGUGUGUCCUGGCACGGCCAUCCCCGGGAACGGCUCUCGGGGCGCUCAUCGGCCGCGGGGACCGGCGGGCGGACCACGCGGCCAGCGUGGUGGUCGGCCUCCGCCGGCGCAUGUUCGACGCAUGCCGGCAGCUCCAGGCCGCCGAGCGCGCCCUCUCGGAAUCCGUCUACCUGGAGGCUCUGCUGGCCGAGGUGCGGGACUGCCUGGCGGCCGGGCCGCAGCCCGGCCACGGCCCGGCGGUGGCCACCAAUGCCACCGCUGCGGGCAUGGCCGCCGGGCUUCCCGGGCUUUCCGGGCUUUCCGGGCUCCUGACCCGUGGCAUAGAUGCCCUGCUGCCGAAGUGGCGGCCGAACGCCAGCCCGGGCGACAUGGCCUGUGCCGCGGCCGUCCACGAGCUGGUCACCCUGUUUGGGCAUUCGCUGCAGGAAUUGUCGGCCAGCUUGGCCUCCGUGCCGGGGCGAUGAUGGGUAGCCGGCUCGGCGUGGCCUCCCGGCGGCCCCGCCAUGGGGGCGCCUUGUGUCGUCAGAGCCCUCCCGCCCGCGCCCCCCCCCCCUU